AUGGAAAAUUAUUCUAGUUCAUACUUGAAUAAUAAUCAUGCUAAUAAGUCUGGUAAUGAAAACGGAAACAUUCUCAAUGGCAAUGAAAAUGUGAAUACAUCUUUUAUUCCAGGUGUGAUUAACCCAGGUGUUACCAUCCCUAUAUUUGAAGAUUCAGAAAGCAUUAAUUUCAACAAUGAACAAACUUAUACGAACACUCAAGGACAUAGAGCUAAUAGUAACAAUGACUUCAACAGUAAUUCAUAUCAAACAAUCAACUCUUUGAGUGAUCAUAGUAAUAGUGAACAAGAACAUGAUAUAAAUCAAAUGGAGAAUGGAGAGCAAUCGCAAAAAUUAGGUAUUUAUAGAACAAGAACAGAAAAGUUAUCAAACACUUUAAGUAAUUUAUUGCCUUCUAUUAGUGCAAGACUGCAUAGUUCUUCGAAGAAAAAGAACAAGAAUAAAAAUCAAAAUGAUGAAUUUGUUGACUUAAGAGAUUUGCAAGUCAAUUUACCAUUUCCAAAAAAUAAUAUUAAUAGUGAUUUCAUUAGUAACAAGAGUGAAUAUAAUAAAAAUAUGAAGAAUAAACAAUUUAGGGAAAAAUUGUUUAGUUUUACAAAAAAUAGUAACGAACAAAUAGGUGACGCAACAAAAAUUACAACAAUAAAUGGUAUUACUAUAAAUAAUGAUGGAGCGCCAUAUAUAAUCUCAUCGGCUGCGCAAGAUUAUGAUUAUGAUAGUUUGAUAAACUUACCAGAUGCAACUAGUUUUUUUAUGGAUCAGCAAUCAAGCGCAACUAACAAUAAGCUUUCGACCUCCGGGAUGGAAAAUUUACAUCAACCAAGGGUAUCUCUGGAUUCUUUUAACCUAUUGCCACCAAAUAUUUCAAGAUCAAGACAUAAUACAAUUUCUUCAAAAAUAAGUAACAUAUCCUCAAACGUACAACCUCAACAGCAUAAUCAAACUAGUACUUUAUGGUUGGGAAAUAACAAUAGUAAUGCAACUGGAACUAUUAACAAUGGGGAUGAUAUUCAUUUGGAUAAUAAUAAUAUUAAUUUAGGACGUAAUAGAGCUCCUUCAAAUGCAUCGAGUGUUUAUAUAGAUGCAGCUGCUUUUGAACAAAAGUAUAAGAAAAAGGAGCCUUCCAUCCAUUCUUUUGAUACAGGAAAUGGUAUCAUUCAAAAUAUUGACAACGUCGAUACAUUCUCUGAUAAUAUCAGUGCGAUAAAUAGAGUGAUGAACCAGGCUGUUCCUUUAGUUGCCGAUGAUAUAGAUCCAAUUUCAAUAAAUUGGGUUACUAUGGACACAUCAGUACCUCUGAUUAAUCAAAUUUCUAACUUAUUACCAACUGAUACAAUUUCAAUUUCCAAUGUUUUUUCAUUACAGAAGCAACAAAUUCAAUUUACAAAUGCUGUCAAUUUGACUAGUACAUCUUUAGUUACUCUCUGUUCUAAAUUUGGUGAAGUUAAAUCAGCUAGAACAUUAAGUGGUUUCAACAUGGCUUUAGUCGAAUUCUCCAAUGUUGCUUCUGCAGUUCGAGCUUUAGAACAUUUACAAGGUAAAGAAGUUUCAAUGAUCGGUGCUCCAAGCACUGUCUGUUUUGCAAAGAUUUUACCUAUGAAUCACCAACAACAACAACAACAACAAUUUGUUAUACCAUCUAAUGUGAAUGGAAAUGACCAUGCAAAUAGACCAUUACUGCAUGAUCAAUUAUAUAACGGUUCAUUAACCUUUCAACAACAAGGAAAUUUGUCUGUUCCGUUAUUUAAUCCUAACAAUGGGUUUAAUCAAAGCAGCAAUAACACAUUAGGGGUAAACUCGAUCAAUAAUACCAAUGGUUCAUCUGAACAUAAUCAUCAUGAAAAUAAUGUGGUUUCCUCAAAUGAAAAUGAAGUUUGUCCGUUUGCACUACCACUUCCAUCAUUCAAAGAAGAAACUCAGAAUUUGAAUAAGAUGAUUGAUUCACUUGGUGUUCCUUAUGAUAAAUCAAAGGUGGAUCAUAUUAUGUCAAAAACGAUAACUACAAAGGUAGCUACAGAUACCUCAAAUUUUGGUAUGUUACCAUCACAUAUGAAUUCAAAAGACUUUGAUGCAUCAAAACUAAGAGAAUUAAGAAAAAUUAUGGAGGCUAAUGAAAUGUCGAAUCUUGAAAUUGAACAACUUGCUAUGGUUAUGUUAGAUGAAUUGCCUGAAUUAAGUUCUGAUUAUUUAGGAAAUACUAUCGUCCAAAAGUUGUUCGAGCAUUCUUCUGAUAUCAUUAAAGACAUCAUGUUAAGGAAAACAUAUAAGUAUUUGUCAUCUAUGGGUGUUCAUAAAAAUGGUACCUGGGCAUGUCAAAAAAUGAUCAAACUUUCUGAUACACCAAGACAAAAGUAUUUGGUGUCACAAGGGGUUAAAGAGUACUGUACCUCUUUAUUUAAUGAUCAAUUUGGUAAUUAUGUUAUUCAAUGCGUUCUUAAAUUUGGAUUCCUCUGGAAUAAUUUUGUUUUUGAAGCCAUUUUGGCAAAUUUCUGGAUAUUAGUCCAAAAUAGGUAUGGUGCUAGAGCAGUAAGAGCAUGUGUUGAAGCUGAUAAAUAUGUAAAACAAGAACAGAUUCUAAUUUUAAGUGCUUAUAUUGUACUAUAUUCACAUUAUUUGACGACAAACAGCAAUGCUACACUUUUGGUAACCUGGUUUUUGGAUUCCAGUUCUAUACCACAGAGAUACAGUAUAUUAGCAGCAAAAUUAUCUGAAAAUAUAGUCAAGUUAGCAACACACAAAUUGGCAUCAUUAACCCUUUUAAAAAUAUUGACUUAUAGAGGUGAUGACAAUUCUAGAAACAUUAUUAUGACCGCAAUUUUUGGUGAUAAGCAUAAUGAGGAGCCAACAGAUGAAUUAUUUAGAAUACUAUCUGACACAGAUACUGGUAUGACUUUUAUUCACAAGGUUUUAUCCAUGACAACAUUAGAUACUGAGCUACGUUCACACGCUGUGAAGAUGACAAGAAAAAUAAUACUUGAUAAUUCCACGAUGCAGCAAAAUCGUCGCUUAUUAGAGGAAGUAAGUUUGACAGCCAUGAAUUCAAAAAGUAUUCCAGGGCAGAUUAGGAGUUACUCAACUAUAUCACAUAAUAACAGCGAUAUAAAUCACUUAAGGCAGCAAUCGAUAUCAAGUGGUAUUAGUACUGGCUCAAGGCAAACGAGUAAUCAUAUAUCCUCACAUGUGCCUCAACUCAAUGUUUCUCAAUCAAUCCAAACUAAUAGUCCUCCAAACGUGGGAUACUUCAACUAUCCAGGGAAUUUUAUUGGCAGUUUUUCGAAUAUGUUUGGAGGUAAUGGAAAUGCUGUUAAUUUUAAUAAUGGAGAUGAUCUAAUAUCUCAGCUAGAUAUGUUAGCAUUGGAUAAUGGAGAAGUUGUUUUACCAAAAUUAAGUUUAUCUAAUUAUAAUUCUGAUGGUACAAUAUCAACUCAGUCGAAUGCAAUUGAUAAUAAAAAUUAUAUGAAUGAGUAA